AUGUUCGUCAUGGCCGGGUCGUGCAUGUACGUCUGGGCGACGUCCGUCGGACUACGCCGAUGGGAAGAGCUCGAGGUGUCGGUGGACGCCUUCAACGAUCGCCUAGAGGAUCAAAUGGGCCACCUCCGGAACAGCAUGGAGGCGCGCGUGGGUGAGGUCGACCUGAAGGUCCAAAAGUUCGCGGCGCGGUGGACCGAGCUCAAGCCGAAGAAGCUCGACACGUCGCAGCCUGCCGAAAUGGCGGCGCUCAUCGAUCGCAUCAAGGAGUGGCAGGCCGAGCUGAAGGAGGUGGUGGAGGCCAGCGAUGAUCUGGCGAGAGACUGUAGCCACUUUGACCUCCCGCCGCCGAACUUUGCCGGACUGGCCGACAUCAAAGCGGAUAUCGAGUCGUACGUCGCGUCGUGCGACUUCUUCGAGUCCUUCAUGGGCGAGCUCGAGGCGUUGGCGGCCGAGGACUGGGUCUCGUUCCGCCAGCGCACGUACGUCUUUGACGAUCUCAUCGCGUCAUGGCGUGAGCGCGCUGCGGACUGCCCGCCGGGCGCCAUCGCCAGCCAUCUUGUAGCCGAGCUCGACGGCUACAGCCAGCUCGGCCCGCUGUUGAAACAUGUGCGUGGCGACGCCUUCCAGCCGGAGCACUGGGCAUCUCUCUUCCGCACGCUCGGGAUACCAAAGGUGCCGCUGGGAGAUCUUCGCCUCUCCCACUUCCUCGGCUGCACGAGAGCACUCCUCGAGAACCAGGCCGAGCUCAAAGAGCUUAAUGCCCGCGCGACCGGCGAGGUUGCGAUCCGUGAGGCGGUCCAAGAGGUGACGGCUUGGGCACAAGACGCGCGCUUUUCGACCACAUCGUACAGCAACGGUGGGCGCAGCACGGCGCUCAUCAAGGACUGGAAGGACCUAACGACGCAGGUUUGCGACUUCCAGGCGCUACUCGGGUCGCUCAAGGCGUCUCAUUUCUUUGGCACCUUUGCCGACACCGUCACCCACUACGAGGCCAAGCUGGCGCUGCUCGACCGCGUGCUCUCGCAGCUCAACCCCAUCCAGCGAAAGUGGGUGUACCUCGAGCCCAUCUUUGCGCGGGGCGCAAUGCCGAACGAACAGCCGCGCUUCGCGCGGGUUGACGAGGAGUUUACAUCGAUCAUGCAGGGCGUUGCAGACGACCCGCGAGUCUUCUCGCUGCUGCGCGUGUCCAACCUUCCGGAGACGCUCUCGGCGAUCCUGGACCAGCUCGAGCGCUGCCAAAAGGCGCUCUCCGACUUCCUCGAGCAGAAGCGACAGUCCUUCCCGCGUUUCUACUUCAUUGGCGACGACGACCUGCUCGAGAUCCUCGGGCAAGCCAAGAACCCCGCCGUGAUCCAGUCGCACCUCAAGAAGCUCUUUGCCGGCAUCUUCCAAGUGCAGUUUGCCCCUGGCGACAAGGCCAUCACGGGCAUGUGCUCUUUGGAGGGCGAGGUCGUACCACUGAAGCAGCCGGUGGAGGUCAGCGAAGCCGUCGAGGGCUGGCUGCAGCAGCUGGCAACCGGAAUGAAGGAGACGUUGGUUGAUUCCAUUCUCGAGACGCGGCGAGCGCCGCAGCUCGAUCUCGAGGGCUUGGCCUCACAGGUGCUGUGCAUCGCAGAAAUGGUGCUCUUCACGCAGCAGGCGGAGGAGGCCAUCCCGCGCGGCCGAGCCGCCCUUGAGGGCCUCAAGAAGGAGCUCCUGUCCAAGCUGCACGGCUACACCUCGCACGAGACGGAGGUGCCGCUGCUCGGCCUCAAGAUCCAGUCGCUCGUGCUGGACCUUAUCCACAACGUUUCGGUGGUCGAUCAACUCCUCUCAGUACAGGCCGGCGCGCUCGACGCGUGGACGUGGCGCUCUCAGCUUCGCUACUACCUCAGGCCCGGCGAUGGCCACGUCACUAUGUCGAUGGUCAGCGCCACCUUCGACUACAGCUAUGAGUACCAGGGGAACGCACCGAAGCUGGUGCACACUCCGCUGACCGACAAGUGCUAUCUCACCCUCACGCAAGCGAUGCACCUUGGCUACGGCACGGGCAAGACCGAGUCUGUCAAGGCCCUCGGCCACGCCUUUGGCCGACAGGCGCGGAAGAUGCAGCAGACACUCUUCCGGCACCGCUUCCUGGUCGGCGAGGACAUGGUUCUCCGGGUGCCGCUCGACGGCGUGUCGAGGCUGCGUGUGCUCCUCGCGCAUCGCGAAGCUGCGGGGCUCCUCCACACGCAGGUGGAGGCCUUCCGGCCGCGCUACAAGCUGCGCUGGUCGGUGGACGCGAUGCGCAUGCUCGCGGUGCCCAACGCAGGCGGCUCGUCCCUUCAGUCCGAGGCGCUGAGUUGCGAGGUGCUCGCGCGGCUGUUUGGCUCGCGGCUCGUGAUGACCGAGAUGGAGCUCGACUACUUCUCGGGCUCAAAAAUCACCGACUACUCGGUCACGCUCUUUGAGCACGCCGUCGGCGUCUCGGUCACGCGCGCCAUCAACUGGCCCACCUUUGCGCUGCAGCCGGCGGACGCGUACAGGCUGCUGUUCAAGAAGCUGCGCGCGAUCCAGAUCUCGAGCCGCAAUGUGCUCAACAUGCGUUGGCGCAAGCAGGUGCUUCACGUGUGGGUGCGCACUUAUCGCGACGCCCAGACACUCGAAGAGCAGUAUGCCGCCAUCCCGCCAGAGGUGCGAGGCAACUCGGUGGUCCUAAUCACGCUUGCGAACGGGAUCGACUGGAUCUGCGACGCCUUCUCGAUCGAGAUGAGCGCGCUUGAAGCUCGCCCACCUACUGCCCCUGAGAGUGGUAAGGAGUGGGAUCAGCGCGGCCUCUCGCCCGGCCGGGUGCUCGACCUUUGUGCCCGGCAGGACGGCGCCAUAAUCUUGCCCGGAAAAGAGGACUACCAGAUCAUGGUGAACAACGUCCUCGGCCAGUUCAACAUGCGGGUCUUGGCCUUCCGCUACGAGGGCGCCGAUGAUUCGGGCGUGCUCGGCGCUCCUCGCGAGAUCAAUAUCCCGCCCGGCGAGAUCAACAUCCCGCCCAGCGAGAUCAAUAUCCCGCCCGGCGAGAUCAACAUCCCGCCCGGCGAGAUCAAUAUCCCGCCCGGCGAGAUCAAUAUCCCGCCCGGCGAGAUCAAUAUCCCGCCCGGCGAGAUCAAUAUCCCGCCCGGCGAGAUGUAG